GUCGGAGGCAGUACCACGUGUACUGUGUUGACUGUCAAAGCGUCAAGGAGCCCAAUUCCCGGAAGCUGUGAGUUCUAAAAGAAGUUCCUGUACUCUAGUGUCCCGACUCUGCGAACCCCCAAUCAUGAGCGCUCCGGGAGUGCUCUCCUUUACCCAGCAAGGCUGGGAGCAGGUGCUGGCCAAAGUGAAAUGGGCUCUGGUCUAUCUGGACGCCGCCUGCGCGGAGAGCUUGCACUGGGGCUGCGGAUCCACGCGACUCCUGGAGGCCGUGGGAGGGCCUGCGUGUCACCUGCGGGAGUUCGAGCCCGCAGCUGUCGGUGGUGGAGCCGAGCAGCCUAAGGCAGUAUUUGUGCUGAGCUGCCUGCUGAAAGGCCGGACCGUGGAGACCCUGCGGGAUAUCAUCUGCCGCAGUCACUUCCAGUAUUGUGUGGUGGUCACAGCCGUGAACCACGCUGUCCACCUCACCGCUAAUCACGUGCCGGCGGCUGCCGCGGCGGAGCUGGAAGGGCAGCCGGUGUUCGAGCAACUGGAGGAGAAACUGUGUGAGUGGAUGGGCAAUAUGAACUACACCGCCGAGGUGCUGCACGUCCCGUUGUUGCUCGCACCUGUUGCUCCCCACCUUGCCUUGACUCCAGCCUUUGCUUCCCUUUUUCCACUGCUACCCCAGGAUGUGCAUCUCCUUAACAGUGCCCGACCAGACAAGAGGAGGCUAGGAAGCCUGACUGAGGUGGAUGCCACCACCCUGCCCCCUGAGCUGCUUCUGCAGAUCAGGUGCCUGGUGUCAGGCCUCAGUUCUCUGUGUGAGCAUUUAGGGGUGCGGGAGGAGUGUUUUGCUGUAGGUUCCCUCAGUCGGAUCAUCGCUGCAGAUCUGGCUAAUUAUGGCCCUGCCAAGAACAGGAGGAAGACUGCCACAGGCAGGGCAUCAGUGGUCUUUGUAGACAGAAGUCUGGAUCUCACGGGAGCAGUUGGACAUCACGGAGACAACUUGGUAGAGAAGAUCAUUUCAGUGCUUCCCCAGCUUCCAGGCCACACCAACGAUGUGAUGGUUAACAUGGUGGAGCUUACGGCACUCCAGAAUGAGGAGAAAAAUCAGAGUAUGGUUGCACCAGGCUGUCUUGCACAAUCCAAUGACCCAGCUGCUAGAGCUCUGUGGGAAGCCUUACUGAGCACCAAGCACAAAGAGGCAGUGAUGGAAGUCCGGAGACAUCUAGUGGAAGCAGCAAGCAGAGAAAACCUGCCAAUCAAGAUGAGUAUGGGGAGAGCCACUCCGGGGCAGCUCAUGUCCUAUAUUCAGCUCUUCAAGAACAACAUCAAAGCUUUAGUGAAUCACUGUGGGCUCCUACAGCUUGGGCUGGCCACAGUUCAAACUCUGAAACACCCGCAGACUGCCAAGUGGGACAACUUUCUGGCUUUUGAAAGACUCCUUCUCCAGAGCAUUGGGGAGUCAACAAUGUCUGUUGUGUUAAAUCAGCUGCUGCCCAUGAUUAAGCCUUUGGACCAGAGGACCAAUGAUGACUACAGCCCUGAAGAGCUGUUGAUCCUCCUGAUAUAUAUUUAUUCUGUCAGUGGAGAGUUCACAGUGGACAAAAACCUGGGGGAAGCUGAAGAAAAAGUGAAGAAAGCAUUGGCUCAGGUCUUUUGUGAAGAGUCUGAAUUGUCACCUUUGCUACAAAAAAUCACAGGCUGUGACUCUUCAAUUAAGCUGACAUUUCACAAAUCCAAAAUUACUGCAGAUGAGCUCUUCGCCUCGCUUCGGGAUAUCGCUGGAGCUCGGAAUCUCAUGAAACAGUUUAAGUCUGUAUAUGUUCCUGGAAAUCAUACCCACCAGGCAUCCUAUAAGCCAUUGUUGAAGCAGGUUGUGGAAGAAAUAUUUAAUCCUGAGAGGCCAGAUCCAGUGGAUAUUGAACACAUGUCUUCAGGCCUCACUGAUCUCCUUAAAACUGGAUUCAGCAUGUUUAUGAAGGUGAGCCGGCCUCAUCCCAGCGACCACCCUCUCCUGAUCCUCUUCGUGGUGGGCGGGGUCACGGUCUCAGAAGCCAAGAUGAUCAAAGACCUUGUGCCGUCCCUGCAGCCAGGAACCCAGGUCAUCGUGCUGUCCACGCGACUCCUGAAGCCACUUAACAUUCCUGAGCUGUUAUUUGCCACUGACCGGCUGCAUCCAGACCUUGGCUUCUGAGCGGCUGCUAAGAGGAGAGCUGCCCGAGGUGGAAACACCCAUCCUGUUGCCUGCCACCAUUCAAGAUAUGCCUCCAAACCCAGUGUCCUCUUGCUAAUUGUGGGGAGGACAGAAUUCUGCCCCAAAGGUCUUGAGAACCAUGUAGCAAAGUGCUUUGCUUGGACUGCCGGCGAGUCUUAAAAAAAAAA